AGCCAAAGCGUACACAAGCCCCAGCACUGCACUGCAGUCUCUAGUACGUAUCCCCCAUCCAUUCCUUCAUUGCAUGCUCCUCCUCCGUUUCUUGUGCUGGCACAAGCAACCUCCACAGUCUUGCAGAUACCAAUAGAUAUAUACUAAUUCUUGUGUUACUCAUUGUCAGCACACAAGAUCGAUGUGUCGGCCUGCCGAGUAAGAAUGAUGGAUGGGUUAGAUUUCUGCGGCUUCUUGGCUUUGUGGGGACUUCACUGAAAAAAUAUUAUUCAUCAUGCCUCCAGAGCCGAUUCCUCCAGAAACCAUCGAAGAAGCGGUGCAAAAGAUAACCCCGUAUCUAGAGGAUACGAGCAGUAGUGCACACAAGACCAUCUAUUAUAAUGGAUGGCGUGGGCUGGGUGCUUCGGCUGUGCUUAGAGCUAUAGCCAAAGACCCUCCGUCAUCUCUGAUGAAGAAAUUCGACAAGAUCAUCCACGUCGAUUGCUCCAGGUGGAAAAGCCCAAGAGCACUUCAGAGAACAAUCGCACAAGAACUCAAGCUUCCUCAGCGAGUAAUGGAUAUUUUUGAUAUGUAUGAUGAGGAAGAUGAUUUCAAAGGCGUAGAUGAAGGCUCAAGAGCUGAAAUAUUAUUCAUUGGGAAAGAGAUCCAUCAAGUCCUUACGGUUCACAGAUGUUUAGUGAUCUUCCAUAAUGGAAGCAGUGAUAUGGUUAAUUUAAGUGCUUCGGGUGUUCUACAAGGAGAUUUUUUUUAUACUAAGGUAUUGUGGACAUUUCGAGGAAGGCUUCGGCUCAACCCAGGAAUUAGUGAUAAGGUGGAUGAUUCACAUAUGUUUAUUUAUUCUAAUGGUAUUCGUUACGAGUGGAAUCUUUUGCUUAAAGAAGAGGCUGGAGAAAUUGCUGGAUACACAAAUAAGCUUGGCAAAGCAGUUGAAGAGUGUUGUUUGUAUCUGUUGUCAUUAAAUUCUCAGGGAGGCGAUAUCAUGGACUACGACUGGGACAACCAUGCUUCUAGCUAUUGGGUUUGCGAUGGGAUUAUACAAGGAGGUCAGGGUGAUGAAGCAUGGGAGCUUGCGACUGCUUUGCAUCAACACAUAAAUACAGGGGAUUAUACAUUUAAUACGUUGCCCUCUUUUGGUCAUAGACUGGAGACUCCUCCGAGGCGGUGGAUAUUGUCCAAGGACAACUCUAUUGUGCAUCCAGAGUCAACGUCGUUUUUCCUUGCUGCAGUUGCAAGUGAAUCUGAUCCUCCAUUAAGAACCUUACCUAAUGUCAUGUUUCAUCAACCAAACAAGCUUCGUGUGCUCAAGUUAUGUUGCUGCACCUUCAGUUUUUCCGCACCUCCUUUCAGCUGUUGCCAUAGCUUAAAGUUCCUUGGAUUAGAUCACUGCAAGGAUCAACAAGUAGAAGAAGAUGAGAAGCAAGAUAGACCAACAAUGGAUUUUUUUCACAGCCUAUGGGUUCUAGACAUAUGCCACACGGAUUGGGAGUUGGAUUUAUCAGCAAACAUCACAGAGCAGAUGGCUGCAAACAUUAGGGAGGUACAUAUAAGGAAAGGAAGGAUUUGGUGCCACAACUUUUCAUGGCGACAACUGCGGAAGCUUCACAAGCUUCGAGUGAUUGAGCCCACAUCCCCUUGGCAGACAGGCAAAAUGGACGAAUUUUCAGAUAUGGUGAAGAUGGAGUACCUUGACCUAUCUGGGAAUAGUACAAUACAAGUUUUGCCAUGUCUAUCAGGGGCAACAAGAGUCAAGAUCCUGGUUCUAGAUGGUUGUACUGGGUUGGAGCAUGUUGGCCCAGAAGGACUCCCUGUGUCACUUGAAUCAUUCAGCUUAGAUGUGUGUACAAGAGUGGAUCAAAAUGAGCAAGCCAAAAUCUCUUGUAUAUCUUUGGCUGGGUGUGGAAGAUUGUUGAAGUUCAUAUUGCGUGGAUCACUUCCUAAUCUUGAGGAGCUAGAUCUAUCAGGCACAUUGGUCAAAACACUUGACCUCAAAGAGGUACAUGCCCCAAAUCUCCAAAAAAUAAUUCUAUUGGAAUGUUUGCUGCUCCAUGCCAUUAUAUGGCCAGAAAAGGGUCUACCAACACUAGCAAUGUUGCAUAUUGAUUCAUCGGUCAGUCCUGUCCAAACAAAACUACAUCAAACAUAUGUUACUAUCAUGGACCUAAGGUUUUUUCAGUCCUUGGUAUUACAAACCAAUGUCCGAUUCUGUUGGAAGAGCACUAGAUUCCAUCUAAAUCUUCAUGUCCCUUGUACCACCAAUGUUAACGGACAAAGCUAUAUGAAGGAGAAGAUGGGCCCUGGUAAUAGUGGGCAAAUAAUGGGCCUGCCUCGACCGAAGUCAUUAGCCCCCAAUACUUACACCACCUACAUUGAUGUCUCUGUUGGCAACAUAAUUAUUGAUCAUGACUACAACAAUGGAAUGCAAUUUCAACCAUCAAGUUGUCAUGUUGAGAUUGGCAAAGGAAUUAGCAAUGCUAAAGUGGAGAGUGAACAAGUAAUAAGGGCAACCAUGUUUGCGAUGGAUAACAUUGAGUCGUUGCAUGUGCAUGACAACUCUUCCAUCAUCAUUGUCAUCCCUGAAUACAUGACAUCCAUUGAUGGUAGGGAACUUGGUUGGCGACAUCUAAAACAGUGCCAUGUGGUGAGAUGCCCCAAGUUGCACACAGUCUUCACCCCUAACUAUGAUAGAAUCUACCCCUUUGAAGAAAUAGAAACCUUUUGGGCUUCUGAUCUCUUGAAUGUUCACUGCAUUUGGAACAAAGGAAGGACCUUCAGUGGCACCGACAACACUUCAUUCUCAAAAUUGAAGAGCAUACACUUGUACUCUUGCCCGAGGCUCACAUUUGUGCUCCCCUUGUUGAUGGGUAUUCAAGGAUCAUAUUUGCACAACUUAGGAAGUCUUCACAUUGUCAAAUGUGGUGAUCUAAAGGUGGUGUUUUCUGUUCAUCCUAACCUCAAACUCAAAGAAGAUGUACUAGAGUUCCCCAGCCUGAAGCACAUCCACCUGUAUGAGCUCUAUAAGCUGCAACAUAUAUGUGAGGUCAAGAUGCAUGCACCCAAGCUUGAGAGGGUGUGGCUCAGGGGCUGUUGGAGUCUCAGGCGCCUCCCAGCAGUCAGCCGACAUAGCGGCCCCAUUGUAGACUGCGAGAAGGACUGGUGGGAGAAGCUGGAGUGGGACGGACUGGAGGUCGGCCAUCAUCCUUCCCUCUUUAAGCCGCGCCAUUCAUCUCAUUACAAGAAGUCUCUUCCUAGAGGCUCAGUUCUAUGGUGAAUCCACGUAGCCGCUCAGGUAUAUAUAUAAGCACAAGACUUUCUCCCUUCAUUUCUUAUUUCAUGCAUGUAUGAUAUAAAACUAACAUUUCCUUUUGUAAUAAUUGAACAUCAAACAAUACUGUAUAUGUAUAGUGUAGAUGCGUACCAACAAGUUAAUAAUUCCUUCACU